AUGGCGCAAGACAAUGCUGGAGGAGGCGCAGAAGGCAAGGCCAAGGAGGAGAAGAAGAAGACCAAAGCAGAGAUUAAGAAGGAAGAAGAGAUGAGCCCUGAGGACAUCGAACUUCGCGAUCGCCUUGCCCUUCUGGCUGAACGAGUGAAAGAUGUCGAUGCGGCUGUGGCCAAGGCUUCGCUAGACGCGAUGAAGGAGGAGAUUCGGGCAGCAACCAGCUCGAUGACUUCAGUCCCCAAGCCAUUGAAGUUUUUGAGACCCCACUACCAAGGGCUGAAGGAUUUCUUCAGUAGUAUGAUGGACAGCGAAAACAAGACUCUUCUUGCUGACGUGCUAUCGGUGCUGGGAAUGACCAUGGCUGGGUCCGGAACAAGAGAGAGCUUGAAGUACAAGUUGUCUGGCGCUAAGGGGGGACUGGACGUCUGGGGCUUCGAAUACGUCAAGAACUUGGCAGGGGAGAUUGGUCUUGAGUGGACACAUAGGAAGACGACAGACCAGAGCACUGAUGACCUGAAAGAACUAGUUGAAGAGAUCGUUCCAUUCAAUAUCAAACAUGGUAGUGAGCCAGAAGCGUGCGAUCUUCUCAUGGAGGUCGACCUUCUCCCUCGGGUCCUUGAACAUGUUGCCGAGAACAACUACAGUAGAAUUGCCUUGUAUCUCACAAGUUGUGCUUCCUACGUGCCAGAGCCUGAAGAUAGCAUGAUCUACAACGUUGUUUUUCAAAUUUACAAGAAAGUGAACAGGUUUCCGGAAGCACUUCGGAUUGCCAUCAGAUUGAAUGAUGCUCAGCUUGCUGAAGAAGUUCUCAGCUCAUGUGAAGAUGAAGACAUCAAGAAACAACUGGCUUUCAUGGUUGCUCGACAUGGAGCUCUGAAUUUGACCAGCGAAGACGAGGCGCUCACUGAGAUUCUUGGAAAUACCCACCUUAGCGGCCAUUUUUUGUCACUUGCUCGUGAUCUUGACGUGUUUGAGGCCAAGACUCCAGAAGAGAUCUACAAAUCCCAUUUGACGGAGACAAGGACUUCGAUGGAAAAUCUCCAGUCUGCGCGAGCCAACCUCGCGUCUUCUUUCGUGAAUGCCUUCGUUAACGCAGGAUUCGGAAAUGACAAGCUUCUCACCGGCGACAGCAAGGCACUCUCUACCUGGAUUUACAAAUGCGGCUCACAAGACUCUGCACAUGGGAAAAUGAGUGCUGCUGCGUCCUUAGGAAUGAUUUUGAUGUGGGACGUUGACAGUGGUCUUAAUCAAGUGGUCCGAUUGACUGAGAUCAAUGAGGAUUACAUCCAGGCUGGUGCAUCGCUUGCUUCAGGAAUUGUGAGCGCCAAUGUUCGAAGCGAGUGCGACCCUGUGCAUGCCUUGCUAUCGGAUAAAGUAGAAGACAAGAAGCUAUCUACAAUUCAAAGGGUUGGCGCAGUGUUAGGCUUGGGGCUUGCAUAUGCAGGAACACAGAAGGAAGACAUCUUAGAUCUGCUUACACCAAUAAUUGCUGAUCCAGAGAUUGAUAUUGAUUUGUUCUCCAUGGCUUCCCUGGCUUUAGGAUUUGUGUUUGUUGGUAGCAAGAAAGCCGAUAUUGCCGAGAAUAUCAUUCAGGGUCUUUUGGAUCGAUAUUCAGAUGAUCAGAAGGUCGUUAAAGAUGCCGCCUCGCGUUUCGCAUGCCUGGGAUUGGGCCUCAUCUUCCUGGGACAGCAGGAAGCUGCAGAUGUCACCAUGGAAGCCUUGAAGGCUGUCCCUGGCCAGAUUGGUCAAUACUGCAGCCUUACCGUUGAGACUUGCGCCUAUGCUGGAAGUGGUAAUGUGAUGAAGGUACAGAAGAUGCUUGGAAUUUGUGCAGAACAUCUCGAGGAAAACAAUAGCCACCAAGCAGUAGCAGCUAUCGGAAUUGCUUUGGUAGCCAUGGGGGAGGAAAUGGGAGCAGAAAUGACCUCAAGGAGCUUUGAGCACAUGCUUCAGUAUGGGGAAGUCAAUCUAAGGAGGGUUGUUCCCUUGGCGGUUGGCUUUUUGCACAUGUCGAAUCCGAAACCGACAGUCAUCGACAUGCUUAGCAAGCUUUCUCAUGAUGGAGAUUCGGAAGUAGCGCAGGGUGCGAUCAUUUCGCUUGGUUUUGUGGGUUCUGGCACGAACAAUUCUAGAAUCGCCCUCCUGUUGAGGCAGCUUUCGACUUAUUAUGGCAAGGAUUCAAAUACGCUGUUUGUUGUCAGAAUUGCUCAGGGUCUUUUGCACAUGGGCAAGGGGUUGAUGACAAUUUCUCCUCAAUAUUCCGACAGAUUGUUGACCUCUCCCACUGCCUUGGCUGGAAUUCUCGCCGUGAUGCAUUCCUGCAUGGACUUCAAAAACGUCAUUUUGGGGAAAUACCAUUAUAUGCUCUACAUGAUCUCGAUUGCAAUGCAACCGCGUAUGCUUGUCACGGUCGAUGAACAGCUCAAGCCUCUCCCCGUUUCCGUCAGGGUUGGACAAGCAGUGGAUGUUGUGGGACAAGCUGGAAAGCCCAAGUCCAUCACUGGUUUUGCAACACAUACAACCCCUGUGUUGCUUGCGUAUGAACAGAGGGCUGAACUUGCAACCGACCAGUACCUGCCCCUGACCUCGGUGUUGGAGGGCUUCGUCAUCUUGAAGGAGAAUCCUGACUGGAAAGCGGAUGCUGAGAAGAGCUCGCCGUCAAAGAAGGCCGAAGCCAUGGAGAUUCAUGACGAUCACCUCAAGAAGAUGGCGCUGAAGAUGGCCAAUGUGAGACCGGAUCAGAGAAUGUACGGCAAAUAAACGCCUGAACCUUG